CGCAGGUCGUUGGGUGACAGCUGUCCAAACAUGGAGGCUUGCCGAGGGUAUAGACUGCCUGUUCCCAAGCGAAUGACGAUGGAAAACAUGGGCGAGCUCCCGGCUGAUCAACAAAUCAACGGUGAUUCGUCUAACGGAACGGCCACUCAGAGCCAACCCUCACCCCAAGAACCGGAUUACGCGAACCCCCAAGACGAACUCGAAACGAGCAUCACUCGCUCAGAGGCCAUUCCGGUCAGUGUGAGCAGCAUGAUCGACUCGAGCGAGUUCCGUUCCCAGAUGGGAGAUGUGACUUAUCACACACUCAACGGUAGGAUGAGCCCUAGUUACAGCCCUAACAACUACGCCACCCUGACUCCACUGCAACCACUUCCUCCGAUUUCAACCGUUUCGGAUAAAUUCAGCCACGUAACUGGACCUAAUGUCAGUGGCAGUUUCACGCUUAUGUCCCAAAACAAUGGACUCGGGGCAGGAAUAAUGGACAUGUCAGCCUAUGGACACAGGUACCAUGAUAAACUAGGAAUGGGGGUGAGUAUGAACAUGGGGCCCACCUUGGGCGCCACCGCAAUGACCAUGAUGUCUGGUAAUAACUUAUCCUAUCAGCAGAGUCUUGGCUCCUACGGGUACGCUCAAAAUGGACUUGCAUCGCCAAAGUCAGAACCGAAAAUGGCGUCACCGAACAGUUAUGUUGACUCUUACGCAGCAUCCCCGAUGCGAAUAGAUCAUAACACAGUGCGAUUACACUCUCCAAAUUCUAUGAUGGUCUCAAUGAAUGGAAUUCACAAUGCCCCCACACCAUCACCCCACAGCGAAAGUCCACAGAGAGAACGACCAGGUACUUCCUUGGACCUUCAGAAACCACAGCAACAGGAGAUUGAGGAGAUAAACACAAAAGAACUUGCCCAGAGGAUCAGCAGUGAGCUAAAGCGUUACAGUAUCCCGCAGGCAGUCUUCGCACAGAGGGUGUUGUGCAGGAGCCAAGGUACACUCAGUGACCUUUUACGAAAUCCUAAACCGUGGAGCAAACUUAAGUCCGGUCGAGAGACUUUUCGGAGAAUGUGGAAGUGGUUGCAAGAGCCGGAGUUUCAAAGGAUGUCAGCGCUACGCCUAGCAGGGGCGAUAACUGGAGUAGCAAGGGCCAACAAUGUCUACACAUCGACUAUUUCCGAUUUUCUGACAGUUGGAGGUAACAACAGCGAUUAUCAGCCAGUGGGUUCAGCUUUCAAACCCUCCCAGUCACCCACAAAACCUGGAUUUGGUGGCCAACAGAGCUAUAUACCAGAAGCUUGCAAGCGAAAGGAAUUAGAUGUGGAUAAAUCACCUGAAGAAAAUAGGCCGCCGAAGAAACCAAGGCUGGUAUUCACAGAUAUUCAGAGGCGUACGCUCCAUGCCAUCUUUAAGGAGACGAAACGCCCCAGCAAAGAAAUGCAACAGACUAUAGCCCAGCAGCUCGGGCUGGAGGUCACAACAGUAGCUAAUUUCUUCAUGAAUGCACGCAGGCGAUCUUUGGAUAAAUGGCAGGAUGACAACGCUCGUGAGGCUUGAUGCGUUACAACACUAUGAAGAAAAUGAACUUAAAUUAUAGACCCUUCAGAGAAGGAUAAAAAAGUCUGAAACAGAUUGACAAACAUUUGUGUAACUUGCACUCAUCUUAAAGGAAAUGUUAUGCAUAAAAACACAUGCUAUACCUAAUGGAGUCUAAAAAUACUUUUGCAUUUCUGUCCUUGAUAAGGAGCAAGUUGCAAAGACUUUCCAAGGAUAAUUCAAUUUCUGACAUCUCAAGGAAGGACUAUAGUGUAGACUUUGUACCUUAGUCUGCAUAAUAUAUGUGACUUAUUUCAUCCUCUUCAUCAUCACUGUAAAGCUAAUUAAUCUGUGUUGUCUUCAUGUCUUCUCUUUGCAAUAUUUCUAUCCAACAUUUUCUUUUUUGGGGGGUUUUUAUGACCAUUUCAUAUCAGACGCAAAUUUGUUGAAUGCCAACAUAUCCUAAUGCCUGUUCCUGUUAAUUCUAUGAGGGUUUUCUACUAGGGUUUUGUAUUUAAUUUUAUUGUAAUCCUGACUGGGACGGGUAUGAAAGCCAAGCAAGGUUUUUCACAGUGAGCCUCGAUCUACUAAAGAGGCUCAUUCAACAAAGGAUCAUUGAAACAGAUAUGCCUUAGUCCAACAUGUAACAUGUAAGUGAGAACAUUUUGCUGUUGAUAUUUUGGUGUGUUUGUGUGUACGUGGGGUGUGUUUGUGUUUUCUAUUUAUACUACAUUUUUAAAUUAGUUAAAUCAACACCCAUUCUUCAGAUAAAAAGUUAAUUACAUGAAUACAAAAAAUUCAUACAAGCAGUAAUGAAACAGCGUAGUCGCUUCUUUUUGGUCACUUGGAAUGAACAGCUCCCUUCAGUAAGUUGCUUGUAAAUUAGCUCUCAAGUCAUUAAUUUAAAUAAAAUAACACAAAUCCUUGGUAAGCUUUGUCUCCAUUUAUUUUUUGCUCACCACACGUAAUUUAUUCAGUGAUAGAUCUGCCCAUUUAUACAAGUAUUUAUUUAUUUUGGUUGGUACAGUAUUGUUUGCACAAUGGAUCUGAAAUUUUAACAUUUCAACAUCAGGUAUGUUGAGAACAAAAUUUUGUUUAACAUUUUUGGUUUUAUUUUAUUGAAGAGUUGUAGUAUUGCUCUCAUCAGUUCACAUUCCAUGGUAUUCUGAACAAACAAACUAUAAUUUCCAUUCAGCUUCUAACCACAUUUUGUGUGAUAUUCACAGUUUUACAUUGUAGAUCUGCAAUAUAUUUUUGUUAGUCUUAUUAUUUAUCAGCUUAAAUUAUUCCGAACCUUAUCAUUCCAAAUAUUAAACUGCAGCUUGAAUGAAGAAUUGAGAGGGGGGAAAAUCCAAUGUUGUGAAAUCCAACUUUAUCAAUUAUACAUAUUGUAUUUUGCAAAUUUUUAUUUGCGGCAGUAUUUUUUGGUAUUUAACUAUUUAACAGGGAUCUGAUUUUGGUGCCAUCCAUUACAUUUGUGUCAAACUUUCUUUGUGACAUAUCAAGUAUUCUGUGUUUUAGUAUUUAUUAUUUAAUUUUUUUAUUUAUUUCCACCAUUUCCAUCCAGCUAAAAAGCCUUGUGAAGUAAAUUUAACUUGGUCAAAUUAGUUCUAAUCGCACUUUGAUGACUUGGAAUUUUAUAACAAAUUUUUUUCCAAUACUCCUUGACUACCAGUGAAAUCACUGGGUUGAAGAUCAAGUAAAAUUUAGGACACAAGUGCUUUCAAACCUCAAAGCUCAGCGGCAGCUGAUCUAGCUCAAAAAUUUAAUGUGCAAUAUAUUUUCUACACUACUUGGUUCAUGUUCCAUGUCUAGUUUUUUUUUUAAUUUUUUUUUUUUGGUUUCCUUUUGUUUACUAUCUGGUUGUGUAUAUUUUGUGCUUUUUUUUAAUUAUCUGAAAAUUUAAAUUUCAUAACUUCUUUUUAAAUCUAGAUGUGAGUGAAAAUAAAAAUGCAAUUUAAAGUGUCAAUUUUUUUUUAGAGAGUGGGCUAUUACAUGUAGUUCACUCUAAUACUUUCUCAAAAAAGAACUCUUAUGAGAAAAUUUUUAGAAAUAUACUGGUUUUCUUUUAGAAUUAUUCUUGGUGUAGUUACUAAGCAGAUCUAUCAAUAAUAGUUCCCAUGGACUUAUUUACUUAUUUUUGGCAGUUUUGAAAAAAAAAUUUGGCUUACAUUUUUAUACUUAAGUGAAAUUUUAUGUUCCCAAUGUUAAGCUUCAAGAACUGCUCAAAUAAAAUUGCAUCCUAAACUCUGGUAGUCUGCAUAGAGUUUUAAAAUUCAAGCAGUCAUUACAAAAUAGAAAAAAAAACUAGAAAGUAAAUUGAUUUAUAAUUUAAGCCAACUGAAGCAAUCAAUUUAAUAAAAUAAGAACAGUUAGAAGUUUUUUAUUGUUGAAUGUAUGCAAUAUAAAAUGAUUGUAGAGUAACAUGCUCAAUGCUUAAUGUUGCACCAUCUGUCCAUACAUCACAGUCUAGUCUAAUGACCAGUCCAUCCAGAAACUUCACUCAAUUUACCUAGAGCCAUUGUGAUCUUUUUACUGUAUUUUUAUUUAAUUUUUAUUUCACUUUUGUAUUUAUUAUUUCAAAACUGAAUCAGUAAUUUAAAAAAAGGAGUUGUUUUGAAUUUUCUUGAGUAUUUUCAAUUUCUUUCAAUUUGUGGGAAAUUGAUUUAAUUUUGUAUCAGCUAAUUUAAAAUGUUCAGACUUCAAAGAAGUUAUUAUUCAUCAGCUCUUUUUUUUUAUGUUUUGUUCCUUUUAUUUUUCUGAUAGCAUUCCGACUUUUUAAAUGUAACUGGUAGGCUGAUGUAAUCAUUUGUUUGAAUAUACGUAGAAUGUGAGUGAGAGUUGUCUUAAACUUAUUGUACAUAUCUCACUGGUCCCCUAACCCUUGUAUCUGAUCUGAAAUCUAUCUAUAUUUGUUAUAGCUGCAAUUGUUGCUCACGAUUUACUUUGAUGAUUUUUGCUUUCUGUUAUUGUUCAGGCAAUGGCCUGAAUGGAUGUUACUUGCAUUAAGUGCAGCUUACUGCCCUUAAAGAUGUCAUUUCACUGUAUGUAUAUCUGUCAAAUUCAACAGGGUUUUAAUGUCCUAGGCUCCCAUACUGACUUGGUACUCUAAUUAAGUGUACUAUUCUGACAAUUUUCAGUGUCUUAGGGUGUGUAUUUAACUCAUUCUCUACAAAUAUCCAUUAGUACUAGGGUUUUUGUUUAUACAUCUUUUUUUUUU